AAAAAAAAAAAAAAGAAGGUAUAAAUACGUGAAAUAGAGAGUCAAACCCCAAAAACGGUGCCCGAGACUGAAAUCAUUCCCAAACGGUGCGUUAGAUAUUCUCGGCGUUGCUUCAUUCGAUCGAUGGCGAACGCAGGACCCUCCUCCUCCUCAUCUGCUCAGCCGGAAGUCGCAGAUGAAACCCAAGACUGGAUUAUCGGAUCCGGUUCGGGUUGGGUCGAAGCCCGAACAUCUUGCGAUCACUUGAAUUCUCUUUCUCCCGAUUUAGCUCCCUUACCAAAUCCCGAUACUCCCUGCUCAAGGUGCGAAAACCCGGUAGAGAACUGGUUAUGUCUUUGUUGUAAAGAGGUUUUGUGCAGCCGUUUUGUGAACAGACAUAUGCUUAUGCAUCAUCAACAGACUGGUCACUGCCUUGCACUCAGUUACAGUGACUUGUCAGUGUGGUGCUUCUGCUGCGAAGCGUAUCUUGAUGCUCAGAUCAUAUUACAGCUGAGACCAAUUCACCAAGCUGCUUAUAUUCUCAAAUUUGGCGAGGCUCCUCCCUUGCCCCAACUUUGAACAUUCAAAGCUUUUCUUUUUUUUUUAUAUAACUUUUGAUGAUUUUGUAUCCUGGAUGUGUUUAGGGAAGAUGAUUUGGUUUAUUGAGUUCCCGUCGCUGAGAUUUAUAUUACGUUUCUUUAAAGAACGAU